AUGGUUCAUGCUAAGAGCUGGACCCUGAAGAAACACUUUGUAGGUCUCCCUACUAAUAGUGACUUUGAACUGAAGAAAGUUGAACUCCCACCCUUAAAAGAUGGAGAGGUCCUGCUGGAAGCUUUGUACUUCACCGUGGAUCCUUACAUGAGAAUUAUGGCAAAAAGCUUGAAGGAGGGUGACAUGAUGAUGGGAGAGCAAGUGGCCAGAGUUGUGGAAAGUAAAAAUUCAGCCUUCCCAACGGGAACUAUUGUGGUGGCUCCUUCCGGCUGGGCAACACACUCCAUUUCUGAUGGGGAAAAACUGGAAAAGGUGCUUGCAGAGUGGCCGGACACAUUACCACUGUCUCUGGCUCUGGGAACGGUUGGCAUGCCCGGCCUAACAGCCUACUUUGGCCUGUUUGACAUCUGUGGAGUGAAGGGUGGAGAAACAGUGCUGGUUAGUGUGGCAGCAGGAGCAGUGGGCUCUGUUGUGGGCCAGAUUGCUAAGCUCAAGGGCUGCAAAGUUGUUGGAACAGCAGGGUCUGAUGAAAAAGUUGCUUGGCUUAAAAAGCAUGGAUUUGAUGUUGCCAUUAACUACAAAACAGUAAAGUCUUUGGAAGAAGCUCUGAAACACCCAGAUGAAGAAAUUUGGAAGAAUUGCUAUAUGUGGGGCCAUCUCUGUAUACAACAGAACCGGCCCACUUCCCCCAGGCCCACCCCCGGAAGUCAUCAUCUUUAA